AAUAAGAGAGUAAAACACCGUCGGAGAGUCCGUCGGGAAUCAAUCUUUACUGGCUUCAAAUGAAGUCCUCAUAUUGACGAGUCUGUGCGUUCAUGCAGCAUGAUAAACUCUCCCGCUGUUUAUUUGAAACUUUUAAAACCAGAGUGGACACGUGAAAAGGCUGGAAAAGCCCAACAGCCCCCGGAAGUGAAAAUCCCAUUCACAUUGUGAAUCGAUAUCUGCUCUCCUCUUUAUUAUUUGUCACGUUGCUCUAAAGGAACUCUUUUGUCCCAGUCAGUAACCUGUAGAAGACGACGCGGGGCUCUUCCAGUGACAUUAUUGGUGACAGCGAUAAUAGAUCUGGGAUCUCUCAGCCAUGGAUCUCGAAACUAAAGGCGUGACUCAACUCGAACUGGAGGCUGCGAUUGGGUUCAACGGGAACGUGUUCUCCGGCUUGAAAGUCCACACAGACGGAGAGCACCUCAUCUAUCCUCUGGGAUCCACUGUCAUUCUCAACAGGAUCAAAGACGGCAAGCAGGAGUUCCUGCAAGGACACACAAACAAUGUGUCCUGUGUGGCGAUAUCCAAAACCGGAUCUUACAUAGCCUCUGGACAGGUCAACGCCAUGGGCUUUAAGGCCAUGAUAAUUAUCUGGGACUAUGCACAGCGAACAAUCUAUGCCCAGUUACUGCUCCACAAGACAAAGGUAGAGGCACUGUCCUUCUCUCCCAACGACAAGUAUCUGGUGUCCCUUGGGGGUCAGGAUGAUGGCAGCAUAGUCGUAUGGAAUAUUGAGACCAAGCAGGCCAUUUGUGGGAGCCCAGCUUCAUCCCCCAGUGCUGGUCACUGCCUCGCUGUGGAAUGCUCGAACACAAACGACAACAUCUUUGUUUGUGGUGGGAGCGAAACACUGCGAGUCUGGGAGCUGGACCUCCCCAACAGGAAGAUCAGGCCCACGGCCUGUCAGAUAGGAAAAAUGAAAAGGAACGUUAAAUGUAUAGAGAUCGAAGCGAAUGAUCAGUUCAUGUACUGUGGCACCAGCAGUGGAGACAUCAUGAAAAUCAAACUGAAAACUGGGUUUCUGAGUUACUGUGGUCCCGUCAAAGCAAAGUACAGCCUGGGUGUCAAUGUCCUAAGAAUACUGAAGUCUGGGGACCUGCUGGUGGGCUCUGGAUCUGGCACCUUCACUCUGUGUUCCAGUACAAACUUUAAAACUCUUAAGAAUGUCCAGCUGGAAAAGGGGGUGACCUCUAUUGCGUUAAGAGGAGAGGGCAAGGAGUUCUUUGUUGGGACAGAGGCCGCUCAGAUGUACCGUUUGAGUUAUGCAGACUUCAAAGCUGAACUCAUAUCCACCAGCCACAGCAGUGCUGUCAAUGAGAUAGCCAUCCCUUUGGGAAUAUCUGAAUUAUUUGCAACCUGCUCCCAAGAUGACAUCAGGCUGUGGCGCACUGACAAGCCCAAAGAGCUGCUGCGCAUAACCGUACUCAACAUGACCUGCAAUUCCCUGCACAUCAUGGCUGAUGGACAUUGCAUCAUUAGUGCGUGGAAUGAUGGUAAGAUUCGUGUUUUUGCGCCCGAAAGCGGUCAGCUCAUGCACAUCAUUCACGAUGCGGACAAAAUGGGGGUGACAGCCAUCGCUGGCACCAGGGACUGCAAGAGGAUCGUCAGUGGAGGGGGAAAGGGACAGGUGCGUGCGUGGGAGCUGCAUAUACGGGGCCACCGGCUGCUGGAGACCAUGAAGGAGCACAAGGCCACCGUGACUUGUAUCAAAAUCAAGAGUGACGACAACGAGUGUGUCACUGCCAGCUGUGACGGCACCUGCAUCAUUUGGGACCUCGUGAGGUUUGUGAGUCUUAAUAGAGUGAUCGCCAACACGCUGUUCAGGUCGGUGUGCUACCACCCAGAGGAAUACCAGAUCAUCACCAGUGGCACUGACAGAAAGGUUGCCUACUGGGAUGUGUACGAGGGUUCCGCCAUCAGGGAAGUAGAGGGCGCGCAGUCUGGAGCCAUCAAUUGCAUGCACAUCUCACAGGACGGCACACACUUUGUGACAGGUGGAGACGACAAGCUGGUGAAGGUGUGGGACUAUAUGGACGGUACAGUGACCCACGUGGGGGCCGCUCAUGGCGGCAGCAUCACCAGCAUCAAGGUCUGCUCCAACAACCGCAUCAUAGUCAGCACCAGCACAGAUGGAGCCAUUCUCCGGUGGAGGUUCCCUCACCCGUCUUCCUCUUGAUGUGACACUCCUGGACACUUUGAAUCCAGUACCACCUAAUCCAACGAGCGUACAUUCACAUUGCAGAGUUUUACACCCAAAGGAAAUAAAUCUCAUUUGAUAAAGCA